AGUUGCUCAAGUAAUGUUAGAUCCAUACUAUCGAACGAUUAAUGGUUUUAAAGUUUUAGUUGAAAAAAAUGGUUGUUCUUUGGACAUUGUUUCUCACAUCGCUGUAAUCAUACACAUUCAACGCAGUCAAGUGGAUUCACGCCUGUUUUCUUGCAAUUUCUUGAUGGCGUCCAUCAGGUGCUUCGUCCUCAUUGCAACGUUUCCAAUCUAAAAUUAUGGAGUUAUUUUGUUUCGGAGAAUGUCUCCACUGGUCCAGAGUUUGAUCAAGAAGUUAUAAAUGAGACAGAAACCGCUGCCGAGGAAGGACAACAGAAGUUAGAAGACAAGUACGAUGCCAAAAGACGCUGUCGAAGUGGUAUGUUUGGUGGAUCGGUUCAUUACGACAGUAGUAGCUGUGCAUAUCGUUUGUACGAAUAUAAUCGCAUCGAAGAAGAGGCUGACAAACACGCAACUCGUUGAAAAAAAUUUAUGGCAGCGUUUGAACAGCCUAAAAUAACGAAAACGUUUUUAACAUACAACGAAGAACUUUCCAGAGUCCGUAGUGGUGUACUACACAAACGAGAUUCGAUGGUCAUAAUACUUGAGGGGAAACUUCAAAUCGAAGACUACAGUAACCAAGGUUUUUCACGACCUCAUUCAUUUGAACCUCACAGUUUCUUUACGCCAACCAACUGCGAUUUCUGUCUACAAGUGAUAUGGAAUAUUGGAAAAGGAGGAUUCAGAUGCACAGAAUGUGGAUACAACUGCCACGAGAAAUGCGGAUCACGUGUUCCUAAAACGUGUCCUAAUUACAAGAAUCUGAAAGACCAGAAUGAUAGCAUGCCAUCUAAUAGUAACAAAAGCUUACAUGAGUCUCCAAGUUUAAACAAAUCUUCGAAAUUUUUGUGUGGGUAUCUAUGGAAACGAGGUGCUUUAUUCAAACAAUGGAAGCAACGGUAUUUUGUAUUGGAUACGGAAAGACAUCCGCUUCGUUACUAUGAUGAAGUAAGCGAUGUUCAUUGUCAAGGUGUUGUCAACUUAACUGAAAUUAUUUCAUGUGAAAUGUCACAGUUGAAUUCAAACGAGAAGCAAGUUUUUUUCGACCUUCGUACAGAGAAACGAUUGUAUAAUUUGUAUGUAGCGACGGAGGAAGAAGCCAAGAAAUGGAUCUCUAAAUUACAAAUCUUGGAUACGUAGAGCUUCCACGGUCCAAUCAGGAAUUUCAUAAUAAUAAAAAGAAAUGUUGUGCAUAUGUGAAAUAUUUUAACAUUUUAGAACACAUAUUUAGUGUAAUUUAUGUACGUAUUUUAAUUUUUUUAAAUAAUAGCAUCAUUUUGAGACACGCACAGGUUUCAAAUAAUCAUGACUGAAAUAACCAAUACGAAUUUUCGUUGUAUUUCCACAUGUUAUAAAAAUAGUGUGACACCAGUUAUAA